AUGAAAGUAAUUGCAGUGACUUUAGUGUUAUUGUUAGCAGGAAAUGCCUUUGCUGGUGAUCUCAUUCACAAGUGAGUUCUAUUAAUAUUAACAAUAGAUAUCCAAUCAUUGGUAAGAGUAAGCCAUCCUUGGUUAGCAUUUUGACAGAAUUAGAAAGUAAAUUAACUACAGGUGGUUCUGUUGAUACAGCAGUCAACUUUUUGGAUAGCUUAAGAGCAUCUAUAGAUUCAGAAUAAAUCAGACAUGAUUAAUUAUAUACAGAUUAAAGAAAUCAAUGCAGUGCNGAAUAAUUUAGCAAUAAGUAAAAAUUAUUUUAUUUAAAUAUUGAAAAAAUACUGCAAAGUUUCCUACAGAUUACCAUACAAAAAAAACAUAAAAAGUUAAAAUUUGGAUUUGAUUUUACUUCGAUAGAAAUAUGCUAUUAAAUUCUUAAGCUACUCAAAAGAAAAUUAUGACUUUAUUUAUUUAGAUGAGGUUUCCUUAGGCCAUUAGACCAGAUAGAACAGGUGUUGGUAAUUGAUAUAAUAAUAAAGAGUAUUAAAUUAUCAGAAGAGGACAAAAAAUAUUGUAAUUUUAGGAGCAAUUGGAACAUAUAACUUUUUAUGUUAUCAAGUAAUGAUUGGGUAUGUAACAAGUAAGAUUCAUUGUUACCACCUUAUAUAACUAAUUAGGCUUGUAAAAAUUCAUUAUUAUAAUGAAAGAAAUGCUGUGCUUGUUCUUGACAACAGCCCUAUUCAUAAAUCAAAAUUGGUUUAAAAAUUAUUAACUGCAAAACCAUAUCUAUUUUUACCACCAUAUUCUCCUUAACUCAAUCCUAUAGAAAAAAUAUGGAAUAUAUUUAAGUAAUUUAUAAGAAAAAAUUAACAAGUGCCCACUCAGAAUUUACAUAGAAUGAUUCAUGGUCAUUUCAAUUCAAUUACUAAUGAGUAAUUAGAGAAUUAUUUAUGGUCUUUGCUAAAAGAAUUGAAGAAAUCAUUGGAUUCUGUGGAUUAUUGA